AGAGAGAGAGAGAGAGCGAGAGGAGGAGAGGACCAGUCAAGCAGCAGAGGCAAGUGGAAGCUCAACGGACCGACGCGGUUCCAACUGAAAAUACACACCGGGGAAAAAUAGCACUCUACUGCAAGGACCUGGAAGAAAGAGCGCACCUCACACUGCAGAUUGAAGAAGAACAGACAGGAGUGUUGAGUCUCGAACAGGAGAUUGGAGUGGAUCGGUUCUUCUCUGUUGUGAAUGUGCACGUGGCCGAGGGGUUCUGAUUGAGGGGAGAGGGGGGACUUAUCUCUGUCUGGGGGAGGACCUUUGCAUCAGACAACCAAUCAUGGAGAGGACGAGGGCGAGAGCAACAGUGUUCCUGAUGCUGUUCCUGGGUAACCUCGGCAACGCUCUGGAGGUCCCACUAGACCCUAAAGUUCUGGAAGGAUUGCCGCAGCCACCAACCAUAACCCACCAGUCUCCCAAGGAUUUCAUCAUCGACCCUCGGGAGAACAUCGUCAUCCACUGUGAUGCCAAGGGGAAGCCGCAUCCCAGCUUCUCGUGGACCAGGAACGGGACCCACUUUGACAUUGACCAGGACCCCAAGGCCACAAUGCGACCCCACUCUGGCACCCUGGUGGUGGACAUCAGUGGAGAGAAGGUUGAGUCAUAUGAGGGGGUGUACCAGUGUACGGCCAGGAACGAACAUGGGACUGCAGUAUCAAACAAUAUCGUCAUCAGACAGUCCAGGUCGCCCUUGUGGUCGAAGGAAAGAAACGAGCCGAUCAUCGUUCAGGAGGGCGUGUCUCUGGUGCUACAGUGCCGGCCCCCUGCCGGCCUGCCCCCUCCCAUCAUCUUCUGGAUGAACAUCAACUUCCAGAGGCUGCCUCAGAGCAGCCGUGUGUCCCAGGCGUUGAACGGAGACCUGUACUUCUCCAACGUCCUGAAGGAGGACUCGAGGAACGACUACAUCUGUUACGCCCGCUUCCCGCACACGCAGACCAUCCAGCAGAAACAACCCAUCACCGUCACAGUGCUCAACCUGGAUGCAAUCAAUGAGACUGUUGCUGCUUUGUACAAUGAAACUGAUUUUCUUAGUGAUGGCUCGGCGGAGGAGAGGAGACCCACCUUCCUGAUUCCGUCUGGCUCCAGCAGCUCCAAGAUGGUGCUGAGAGGACAGGUCCUGGAGUUGGAGUGUAUCGCUGAGGGACUACCUACUCCAGAGGUCUCAUGGAGUAAGGUGAGCGGGGAGUUCCCUGCCAAGCGGACCUCCUUCCUGCACUUCCAGAAGACACUGCGCAUUGUUGACGUGUCUGAGGCGGACGCCGGAGAGUACCGCUGCACCGCCCGCAACCGCCUGGCCUCCGUACACCACACCAUCCGCGUCACCGUCAAAGCGGCCCCGUACUGGAUCAGUACCCCCAGAAACCUGGUGCUGGCUCCCAGAGAGAGGGGUAAUUUGAUCUGCAGGGCCAGCGGAACCCCCAAACCCACCAUCACCUGGGCCAUGAACGGAAUCCCCAUAGAAAAUUCACCUAAAGACCCUAGUAGGAAGGUGGAGGGAGACACAAUCAUCUUCGAGGAAGUCCAGACUGGAUCCAGCGCAGUCUAUCAGUGCCACGCCUCCAAUGAAUAUGGAUAUCUGCUGUCCAAUGCCUUCGUCAACGUUCUCUCUGAAACACCCAGAGUCCUGACACCAGCUAACAAGGUCUACCAGGUGAUCAGGAACAGCCGCGCCUUACUGGACUGUUCCUCCUUCGGCUCGCCCAUCCCCAAAAUAACAUGGUUUAAGGACAGCAGGUCCAGCACCCUGGACGGGGACCCCUACGUGCUGCAUGAGAACGGGACUCUGGAGAUACACGUGGCCCAGGCCCUCAACAGUGGGAAGUACACUUGUGUGGCCAGGAACUCUCUGGGCAUCUCCGAGAACCACGUCUAUCUUGAGGUCAAAGAGCCCACGCGUAUCCUGAAGCAGCCGGAGUACAAGGUGGUGCAGAGGAACAGGAACGUGGUGUUUGAGUGUAAAGUAAAACACGACCCCUCCCUCAUCCCUACCAUGACCUGGGUCAAAGACAAUGGAGAACUACCCGACGACGAGAGGUUUGUGGUGGACUCUGACAGCCUGACCAUAAACGACGUGUCAGAGAAUGACGCAGGAACUUACACCUGCAUCAUGGUCACUACUCUGGACCAGGACUCUGCUAGCGCUGAGCUCACUGUUGUCGAGGCAGCUCCUACUCCAGCUAUAGUCUACGAACAACCAGACCCUCCUACUGACCUGGAGCUGACAGACCAGAAGCCCAGGAGUGUCCAGCUCACCUGGAUACCCGGAGACGAACACAACAGCCCUAUUCACAUGUUUGUGAUCCAAUACGCAGACUCUCUCCACCACCAUGGCCACUGGCACAACCUGACGGUGGUUCCGGGCAUCAAGACCACGGCCCACCUGAAGCUGUCUCCUUAUGUCCACUACACCUUCCGAGUCCUGGCCCUCAAUGCCGUGGGCCUCUCCAACCCCUCCUUGCCCUCUCGCGUAUACAAGACCAACCCUUCAGCUCCAGAUGAGAACCCCAGUGGAGUUGAUGGCUUUGGAACGGAACACGACAACCUUGUGAUCUCGUGGAAGCCAAUGUCAGGUCACCAGGCCAACGGACCAGGCCUGCAUUAUAAGGUGAUGUGGAGACAGAAGGACGUGGACAAGGAGUGGACGUCAGUGACCGUGGCUAACGUCUCCAAGUUCAUGGUCUCUGGCACGCCCACCUUCACACCCUACGAGGUCCAGGUUCAAGCCAUCAACGACUACGGGAUUGGACCUGAGCCCGCUGUGGUCACCGGACACUCCGGGGAGGACUUGCCGAUGCAGGCACCAGACACUGUCCAGGUCCUCGUGUUGAAUAGCAGUCUGGCUGAGGUGCACUGGGAGCCUGUCCCUCCUAAGACAGUACGGGGACGUCUUAAGGGAUACAAGGUGUACUACUGGCGUGAGCGGAGCCUCCACAAACACAACCCCCACCAUGUGGAGCAGCAAGUCCUGACCUUCAGUGGGAACAAGAGUCACGGCAUGCUCCCAGGCCUGCAGCCCUACAGCCUCUACCUGUUCAACGUCAGGGUCUUCAACGGCAAGGGGGAGGGCCCUGCCAGCUCCAACCAGCAGUUCGAGACCCCUGAGGGAGUCCCUGGGCGGCCAUCUUUCCUGAGGAUCACCAACCCUAACCUGGACUCUCUCACUCUGGAGUGGGGCCCUCCCUACGACCGCAACGGACGCCUCACCGGCUACACCCUCAAAUAUCAGACCGUCAACAUCUCCGACGUGCUGGGUCCGGUGGAGGAGCUGGCCCUGCCAGCCAACGAGACCUCCGUCACUCUCCUUAACCUCAAGUACAGCACACGUUACAAGUUUUAUUUCAAUGCCAAAACAGGCCAGGGAGCAGGGCCUGUCGUUACAGAGGAAGCCGCCACGAUCAUGGACGAAGGGAACACCCAACCCUCACCUCCCGUAGCACGGUCUCCUCCGGCACACCUCCCAUUCCACAAGGUGCAUCCAGAGGCUCCGGCAUUCGGGAACGUUAGCUCUUCCGUGGGAGAGGACGGAACGCUGAUCAGUUGGGAAUACUGGGGAGCGGAAAAAAACGUUUAUGUAGAAUAUAUAGUAGAGAACGAUAACAGUGAAGAGGAGUGGCAGAAAGAGUAUGUAAAUGGCUCUCGGGUCUAUGUGCUGAAGGGCUUAAAGGAGGGCCUGUCCUAUAGGGUGCGAGUGGUCGCCAAGGGCCACAACGGCCAAGCGGUGCUCCACCAAUCAGAAGAGCUUUUGGUGAUAAUUCCAGCUAUGGCAGCCCGACAGGUGGAUAUUGCAACUCAGGGCUGGUUCAUCGGCCUGAUGUGUGCCAUCGCUCUCCUCAUCCUCGUUCUCCUCAUCAUCUGCUUCAUACAGAGAAACAAGGGAGGAAAAUACCCAGUGAAAGAAAAAGAGGACGCUCACACAGACCCAGAGUUCCAGCCCAUGAAAGAGGAUGACUGUACUUUCGGGGAAUACAGUGACACUGAGGACCAUAAGCCGUUAAAAGGGAGCCGCACACCGUCUAACGGGACGGUGCACAGGGACAACAGUGACGACAGUUUAGUAGACUACGGCGGCGAUGGUGGAGACGGCCAGUUCAACGAGGAUGGGUCUUUUAUUGGACAGUAUAGCGGGAAGAGCUCCGCCAGGGACACUGCUGGGGGCCACGAAAGCUCCGAGGCCCCGUCCCCUGUUAAUACCUCCGCUAUGAACUCCUUUGUGUAGCCGGCUGGUUGAUCAGUAGGUCAGCCAGGUGGAGGGAUAGGCAGCCAGGCCAGUAGGUGGUGCUGCAGUAAACUGAACUCCUUUGUAGCCAGCUGGUUAAACAGCCAGGUCCAUAGGUUUGUGUAGCCAGACAUUUGGACAUCCAAACCUGUAGGGGCUCUCCAGUGACUGGUCCAUUCGCCAUCUUCACAGGGCUGUUCUUCACAUCACCUUGUGGCUUAUUGUCGUCCCGUGCCCCACCCAUCCGCACACUACUGUCACAAACACAUAGGAGACUUCUUAAGAGACACAUGUGAGACUCUCUACACUGGAGGAUUGUACGUUAUCAUUUGGAAAUCACUGAAUUUGCGGAGGGAAUGCGGAGGCUGUUCCAACUCUUUUAUUCUCUGUAGCCUGUUGACUUAGUAGCGACACUUAGGACCAGACGUCUCCCUGAAAUGAUGCACAAACACAUAUUAACACAAAUGAGUCGAUUAUUACAUGGAAGCUAUUGUCUAUUUAUCUUGAACUGCUAUACGGUACACAUUUGAAUUAUUUGGGUUUGCCAUAUGGUUUUUCCGGUCAAAGCAUUAUCUGGAUAUUAGUGUGUGCGUUCGAGGUACUUUGUCCUUCAGGGCAACCCGCAAAGAGGCAUCAGUGUCUGUCGACAUGGUGGUGAAACGUGUUACUAAGUACAUGAAAAUCAGUUGCAUCUACAGCGCAGGAUUAUGUCCAGUGAGCUCCCGAAAGUAUUCUUCUACCUGAAUCUGUGAUUCCGACUCCAAGCAGGCUCAAUCAAGCAUGACUCCAGUUACAUCAGUCGCAUCCACGCCCUCACCAGGGGAUGCUGGUGCCACUUUAAAUGGGAGGACAGGCUCGCCGUUAAAGGCUCGAAUGAAAUGAACGGGACGGUAUCAAACACCAGCCUCCACUGGUGCUCACAUGUCACCUUUGUUUUGAUCACUGCAAAUGCUGAAGUGCGGCAUGCUGUCAUGACAUCAUCAUCAAACCUUUGACCUGCAUGUGACCUUACUUCCCGUGGUUGCACAUCCCAUGACCUGACGGUGACUUUAUGGCUCUUUCUGUGCGACCCAAAGUGCAUGUACUGACAUCCAACUCUUUUCUUUAGCUUUUCUUUCAACAUGUUGCGUUUAUUUGUGGUGCUGUGUGGCCUUCAGCAGUACGGUGCCUUUUACUACAAAACUUCAGUUCAGUCUAGAUUAAUUCACAAAAAUACCGUUUUACCCAGAGUUUAGUGGGUGGAAUGCCCAUACAGCAAUAGUCAUACUCUGAGGAUGAUGGGUUCAGCUAGGAAGGACGAAAGGAUGGAGGACUCCAUAAAUUAAGGAAUAAUUCAUACAGUCAUCUUUUGAAAAGCUUCAAAAUGCUUCUCCCUCAGAUAAGCGGCUUAGGGUUGCCAUAUUGGACGCGGUCAAGGCUCUGUACAUUUUUUCAAGUUUCGGGUCAUCUACGAAGUGUUUGAUCAUAUUUUUGCGCUGUGUGUGCGUGCGUGUUGAGGGGAUAAUAUUCAUGCGAGUCACUUAUACUAACUACAUUUGAUGGCCUUUGGCGUGAUAAGGGAAGGGAUCGAGAUUUUUAUUUUAACUUGCAUCAAGUUUUACAUUGUUUUUUUUUGUAUGAACAUUAUCUGUUGCAUUUGUAAAUAUAUACUCUAAUUGACUGUACAGAAAACCACUGCAAGAGGAGCUUAAAAUGGAUAGUUCAGCCAAAUGACAACAUUUGAUCAACCAUCCCUUUUAAGAGCCGGGGAGGCAGAACUGUGCAUGAGAAGGUUUUGACUGGCUGAGAGAGCUGUGUUCAAUAUAGACUACUUCUAUAGAAUAAAUAUACAUUUUUUGUUGUUACUAUUUCUUUUUUUCUUUGCUGUGAACAUUGUACAUUAUUGUAACUAACAGGACAAGACGUUGCUCAUGAGUUCACAUUUGGAUGGUUUCCAUUUGUCAGCGAUAUUGUUGUGCUUUUCCCUAUUUUGUACUACAUGAAACCAUACAUACUCUGGAAGCCUUCAGAUGUAAUGGACUUCGGAGCGUAAGACAAGUACCCCUCGAUGUACUGUGUCAUUCUGGUUUAUGUUGCUUAUAUGAGCAGCACAAGGUCUGCCAAACUCCUCCACUUUGUGACCGUAUUGAAAAUGGUUUGGUGUUCUUAUUCUAAAACAGUUUCAAGGUUUUUACUAACAAUUUGAUUUGUAUUUAAGUUUCUCCACGUAGUGAAAUAACAAAUUUCCAAGUAACUUGAAAUGUAAUGAAUGAAUAAAGUAUUAUUAUCUUCUUCGA